AUGUUGCGCCGUUAUGCUCAGGAGGUCCAUACCAAUGGUCGGGAACGUAUAUAUAUGGCGGCAUUUGUUAGUGGGAACCAUUGGAUUGCGGUGUGCAUUGACUUUAAAGAAAAAUGCAUUAAAUAUGGUGCGGACUCGCUGUUGACAGCUAGCGCAUGGCGAAUUGUCAUGAGGAAUUUGCAAGGGUGGCUGAAACAAGCCUUUAAUAUGAAGUUUUGCAACGGAGGGAAUUCACUGGCCUGUGGUCAACAGCUGGAUAGCAACUCAUGUGGUAUCUGCACAAUCAAUGCUAUUGAGCAUAACCUCUUUGAUAUGGAAAAAUUCACGCAUGCAAAGCGGAGGUAUUGGCGGAUCCAUUAUUUUAUUUGUCUGUCAAAGGCCCAUAAUGAUUAUUCA